GGCAUUGAUGUUCGAUCCAACACCACCACCACCACCAUGAGACUGUAUUGUGCCCUGCUGGGCCUGAUCGGCAUCGCCGUCGCCGAGUCGAAUCUGACCUACGAAUCCCGCAAUAUCCUCCCGUCGACAUUCGCUCCGCCGAAGCACUUCCGCAACGUGAAUCUCGUGCGCAACAUUAACCUGGAGAAGAACUACCCCAAGGAGACGAUCAACGUGGUCAUUGAGAAUGUCGACAUCAAGGCACAGUCGGAGUACUAUCUGCCCAUGGAGCAAGACCUGUUAGGGCGAGUGGGUGGGUUGGAGGUCAAGGACAAGAAAGACGCGGCGAAUACAGGGUUCAGUGUCGAAGUGGUUGGCAUUGACCCAGCGAGCUCCACCGAGUUCUACAAAAUAACCCUCCCGAAAGCCCUCCAACCCAAGGAGCAGCAGACACUCUCCAUCACGUACUUCGUGCUCGCCGCCCUCGAGCCCCUUCCCGCGCAGAUCCAGCAGAAUGACAAGCAGUAUGUAUUUCACAAGUUCUCCGCCUACGCACCCAGCGCCUACACGACUCUCAAGCAGAAGACCAAGCUCAAGCUGCCGACCACCAAUGUGCCCGAUGCCGUGACGCUGCCUGCUUCAUUAAACGCCGAGGGCAAGGAGGACCCGCAAAAGCAAGGAUCUACUUUCACCUACGGACCCUAUGAUGAGCGCGAGGCAGGAGCGGUGCAAGAAGUCAGUGUACGUUACGAGUUCACAAAGCCGUUGACCCACGUGUCUUUGCUGGAGCGAGACAUUGAGGUCAGCCAUUGGGGCGGCAAUGUUGCGACUGAGGAGCGAUACGUCCUCACCAAUCGCGCUGCUACGUUGAAAGACCACUUCUCCCGAGUGAAGUGGACGCAACAAAACUAUUACAAUUCACCUUCGAGCGCGUUGAAGGAGCUCAAGUUCCCUCUCCUUGUGGGCAGCGUGGACCCAUACUUCACCGAUGACAUUGGCAACGUUUCGACAUCUCGAUUCAGGUCCAAUGCCCGAGAGGCAAGCCUCGAGCUCAAGCCAAGAUACCCAAUCUUCGGUGGCUGGAACUACAAGUUCCGUGUUGGUUGGAAUGGCCAGAUCAAGAAAUUCGUGAGAAGCUCUGGGGACAGCUAUGUGCUCAAGGUACCUUUCUUGGAAGGACCAAAGCAGAAUGAGGGCAUCACGUACGAGCGUGUUGUCACGCGUGUUAUCCUUCCUGAAGGAGCGAUCAACGUUCGCUUUGAGACUACAGUACCUCUCGUUUCGAACACUACCGGUUUGCACAGAACGUUCCUCGAUACAGUUGGCCGGACGGUGCUCAGCCUCACUGCUAUCAAUGUGGUCGAUGAGCUACGAGAUCGCGACCUUAUCGUUACAUACGACUACCCUGCCAUGGCCAAAUUCCGCAAGCCACUCACGAUUUUCGCUGGCCUAGUGGCCACGUUUGUCGCAGUGUACGUUGUUGCUACUCUGGAUGUCAGCAUAGGGAAGAAGCAAAAGUCAGGCUAGAUGAAAGCUGCUAACAAUAUAAACGAAUGUAUUAUAUCCCACAAUGAAUCUUGCAAGUCAAAACACCUCGAAUAAGGUACUCUCUUUGCACAGUUGUGCUCCUUGCAGGCGCACUCCAGCGGCUCAAGAAGCUACUAGAGUACAUGCCCACUCGUCGAGCCUGUACAUGAAUCUCAAGACCUCUAUUCCACCCCCUUUUUUCAAAGCUUCGCCUCCGCGCCACCAAUACAAGUCCAUUCCUCGUCCCCAAUCUCCGCCAAAUUCAACACCUUAUAACUCCCCCCCAUCCUCCCCUGCACAUCUUCCCAAUCCCUCCCCACAGCCGUCUCCGGCCUCCAUCUCCACGUAUACUGCAUACUCGGCUCCAAUUUUUCCUGCAUGGCUUGUACAAUAUAUUUUCCAAUCACAGGAAUAUACUUGUAUCCAUGUCCCGACGCGCCGACUCCCAGUGUCAGACGCGCGUAUUCCGGGUGGCGCGUGAUGAGAAAAUCGCGAUUCGGAGUAUCUGCGCACCAGCACAUGCGAGCGAAUGUAAAAGGGCGGGUGGAGAGGUGGGGCAUUGUUUCGUGGAGGAAUAG